AUGGAUUCGCUCAUAGAGAUCGUCACCAGGACCAUAACCAACCUGGGCAAUAAGCAAUCUUUCCUAGAAGAUCAAAGAAAGCACUACUCUACGUUAAAAUCUCAUUUGGUCACUUACAAGCCAAGUGCAUCUCAAGACGAAUCCCAGGAAAAAGGUUUGGUGCUAGGGGAAAUAAUAAUUUCCUCGAAGAUCUAUUUGAAUAUUGGGUACGAGUACUACGUCGAGAAAAGUCAACAGGAGGCUCUUCAGUUUGUGACGGACAAAAUACGUCUCAUUGAAGAGGCCACUUUGCAGUUCAAAGCCAAGACCAUCGAGGCGAAUGAGACACUGAAAAACCUGAAGCAGGCCCAACAACUCGAGCAGAAGGAGGAUAUACAAAGUGAAGCCAAGGAUCCCAUACCCACGGCUGAAAAUGACGAGGGCUUGCCAUUUAUGGAGAUUCGAGAAGAUUUGGACGAUGAUGGCAAUAUCGUCACAAGCACAGUCAAUCCAACUUCGGCUCGCGAGGAGCUGCUUGCUAAACCACAGUACUCAAACGCAAUCAAAGACUCGAGCGUCGGAACAGAGCCCCAGCAACGCUUUGAAGAAAUCAACGACGAUGCAAACUUACAACCCAAAUUAGCCGCACCAGUGUCUCCUCAAAAUCAUAUCAACGGAGACGUCGCAAAUAACGCUCGCGAGAAAGAGGACCUCAAAGCCACUGAAGUCACGCAAUUGUCGCCUGCGCAAGAUUCAGCUACUAUACCCGCGAUCAAAGAAGUAGACGCGCGCAAUUUGCAAGUGGGCAACAACGUAAGACAUGCUAUCGACCCGAACGACAUAUACACGUUUGAUGAUAUUGUUCAGCAACUAGAGGAGCAAGACGAUAUUGAGGAUGGCGAUCUCGAUGAUGAGAAUAUCCAGUACGACUUUGACUCGUACCAAUCGAAAGGCCACAGCGACGAUGACGAAGGUGAGAAUGCUACUGACUAUUACGAAAGCGACGACUACGAAGAAUACGAAGACUCUUCCGUAUCUUCAAUAGUUCCUGAUGUAGCCAGGAGCCAAUUCUUGAGUCAGAUCAAUGCAUUGCGCUCCAAAAAACUGGAACAGUUGGGUCCAGUCGAGCGUACGAAGCCCAUCUUAAAGGCCAACAAGAAAACCGAUGAGCCUACCAAAAAGAAAGUUGGCUUUGCCUCGGAACUUGACGUUUGGGAGGUGGAAAACGUAAAACAAGAAACUAAAGCUAACACCUACACCGGUGCGUCACAUCCUGAAGCCUUGGCUCCCAUCUCUGCGCUCGAUAAUGAGGAAUUUGACCCUGAUUUAUUUGCUAAACUUAUAGGCGCUAAGGACUCGGAUGAAAUCCACGAGAAGUAUGAGCAAGAGAAAGUUGAAGAACCUGUCAAAAGAAAACCUAAAGUGUCUCGCUUCAAGAAAGAUGUAACAACGUCGAGAGGCAGUGCAGUGACUGUCGAAGAUAAACUUGACGAGGGACCUAGGACAGGAGAGAAAAGCAACACAGUAACCAGUGAUGUGCUUGAGAGAAAUCCCACUGUGACAGGCAACGUUCACGAGAAACCCCACGAAGUUACGAGCAAUAUUCCCGGGAGAGACUCUAAUACCACUAUUGACAUACAAGAGAGAGAGUCUGGUUUUCCAACAGAUAUCCAGGAGAGAAAAUCUGCUUCGAUCAGCCCCAUACAUGAGGUGACUGAGAGACUAGCUGCAUCUAGCCUUCACGACAAUGACGCCACAAGAGAACUCGGAGGCAAGAUGAAAAAGGAACAGUCACUUUUUAAGAAGAAUCUUCGGUCUUUGAAAAGGCCUUCUUCGGCACCGGCCCGCAAAACCCCCACUAUUUUUCCAGAGGCUCCAAACCCAGAAGCUGACCCAGUGGAAUCCGAGUCUUCUCGUCCUGCACAGUUUCAAAAACCUCAGUUUGACAAAUCUGACGCGAAGGCUUUCCCUGCAGAAAUAGCUGCGAUUGUUAGCCAAAGUGGCGCGGAGGUUGUUCAAAAUCCCAACGUCGACUUUCAGGGCCUUGGCGAAAACAUGGACGACAUGGUCCGCGCAUAUAUUCUAGGCUUGUACAACGGCGACGUCGACGAUCCCGGCACUGUCUUGGAAAACUUGGAGGACUUCAAAAAAUACAACAAAGAGGCUGAAGACCUGCAAGGCGAGAUUUCUACUUUUUUGAGCGAGAACCCUGGCGCAACGUCUCAGGGUGAUGUAUCUACAACCGCCGCAUCUGACCCAGCAGGACCUAUAACUACCGACGUGGUAGAAAAAGAAGUGCCGACGCCCAUGGACUACGAUGGAGAGGAAAUGAUGCUAGACAGCGAAGCUCUGCACUACGACAUCGCGGUUGAGUAUCAACGGCUCAGACAAAAGAUGAUAUCUGCACAGGGAAACAUCGAAAAGUCGCCAGAAGAAUUGCAACUAGAGCCUAUCGACGAGUACGGCAACCCUAUCAAGACGAGCCGGUUCAAAUCAGCCAAGCUACAAUUUGCGAAACCCUGA